AAAAUAUAUAAAAUAUAAUUAAAAUGAUACAAAUUCCUAAUCAAUAUAACAUCAAAUUCCGCACCCUACUCUUAAGUUUAUUUUUACGUAUGUAUAUGGAUGACAAGGACAAGUGACCGCCCCUCUCGCUCUACCCACGUAAGCGUGGCAAUUACGCCAUUUUGUGUCCGCCAGUCGUCGAGUAAACGUCAAUAGUGUAGUACGGAAGAACAAUAAUUUUAAAUGUGCGCUUAAAAGUAAAUAAUUUCCAUGAAAUUGUAUUACGAUAAAAAUGUUUAUAUAUUAUACUAAAUGUAUGAGAUGGAUAAAUAGUAACCAAAAUGUCGGCUUUGGAGAAGUUCAAGAGGCGACUGGUGCGGGAUAUCGCACGUCGUCAGUAUGUGGAAAGUCAGCCAGAAAAUGAGAUGUGGGAACAGCUGAAGACUGAGUAUGGCUGUGAUUGUUUUUUGUUAUGGCAACAUAUGAAAGUGUUAACUUCAAAGAAACUGAAGAGAUUGCUCGCUGCCGAUGAUCGUGUAGAGCGUAUCACGCAGGUGGCUCGGAUGACGUCAACCGACUGGCUCACCUUCGACCUGGUCCUUGUACACCAAGAUGUCGAUGUUAUUGGAGAGGGGCUGAUACAAAGCGGUAAACCAGAAUCCCAGGUCCUACAGCUGUUGUUUGAUCUGGUUAUUAUGUACUGUAUAGAAGAUUGUUCAGGAGACAGAUUAAUUGGGAAGUGGGCCGCUUUGACACGUGCAUACAAUUCAGGAGGGCGGGAAUGCUCGGCCAUGUUGUUGCAACGUCGAUGGCAUCAAUUAAAAGACUACUCAAGACGAAGGGUAUACGAAUUCUGGAAGCAAUAUCGCGGUAACCCAAGAAAUCUACCGAAAGCCGUCAGACCAACAAAACUUCAGAUUCGAAUCUCUGAGGCGCUCCCCUAUUUAAUCACUGAAAGAUUUUUACAAUGGAAGGAUUUACUAGAAUCGGGCAAAAUUAUUAUGGCUGUUCAAUUUGAAAACAGACGACGUCGAAUGGAAUCAAAUGUUAGCAAUGAUGAUCCUGAUCUCGUUGUUAUUGAACCACACGUGGAGACCAUAGAGCUUGGUGCGGAUUCUGAAGAGGAUGAAGUGGAACCAAUCAAUGAAGAUGUAAUAGAUAAUACAGAAGAAAGCAUUACAGCAAUGGACAACGAUGAUAAUAAAUUUGAACGAAAUACAUUAAAAAAUAGAGAAAAUAGCCUAAAAAACAUUGAUAGUGAUAUCUCUGAUAACAUAAAUAAGGAUAAUGAAGUAAAAAAUCCAGUAAAGACUGAACCUACGGAAGUUUUACAACUAAAUGAACUAAGUGAUGAUGAAGCCAUAGAAAUAGAUAAUUUUGAAAAUACAGAAGAGAAAUUUGAAGCAGAGCAUGUUGAAAACGAUUGUAAAUAUCCAGAUAAUGAUCUAGUUCUUCCCAAAAUUACGAAUGUAAUGGGAAAUGUAGAUAUAUAUGAGAAAUGUAAUUCUAUGUUUCAUAUAACAAAUGAUAAAGUUCUGUCUUAUGAAAAUGCAACAAAAGACUCUGAUACUGUUUCAUGUAUAAACCUUGGAGAUUCUAAUAAAACUUUUGAGGAAAAUGUAAAGGAAAAUCUUCCUUUUAAUGCGGACAAUGUCAUGGAUAUAAGCGAAUUACCUUCAACUUUAGAAUUUGUUGACGAUGGCAUCGAGUUUGUGGAUGACGAUGAAGAUAGUUUAGAAGGGAAAGUAGACACUGGAGAUGGUAAUAAAAUCGUAAACCUAGACGACGUUGACCCGUCAUACGCUAUAGAUAGAAAACUCGUUAUGAUUCCCAUAACUUACACAAAGAAAUUAGAAGAUAUGAAUGUGUUAAGAAAUUUUAAUUACUCAACAGUGAAAGGCAAUCAGUUAAUUGAGUUAAUAGAAUCUGAGAGUAAGAUUAUCACAUUAUCUGAAGAAAUUAAAAUUGAAGUGAAAGCAGAUUAUGAACAUACAGAGGAAACGACAAUCGAAGAUAAUAGUCGUAUGACUGGAGUAAAUGGAGGAAUUGAAAAAUUAAGAAGCCAAGAUAAUUGUCAAAUGAACAACGUAACUAAUAUAGAAAUGGGUUUAAGCAAAUAUGCAAUUAAAGUGAAAGCAGAAAAAAAAGAGAUAACUAAAAACGAAGACGAUUCAGAAAAGUGUGAAUUUCCUAGAGUUAAAUAUACAAGCUGGCUUCUCCAAAAACCUAAACAUAGAAACUAUAACCCUAUACUGUUGUGUAAAAAUCCCGAUUUUAAUACCCGACUCAAAAGGUUAGGUGUUGGUUUCUUUUUAAGUGAACGUAACAGGAAACUAUUUAAUGCUUGUAAACCUCUCACAGUAGAUAUGCAUAAAGCGUUUGAAACGAAACUCGUCAACAACGUUUUGUAUCUAGAGAAAACGACAACACCUUACAUUAAAGAAGAAAAAGUCGCAGAAGUAUGUGAAAAUACUGCGUCUGUGAUCCCUUCAGCCGUCCCUGUGCAAAGCCUACUGGAUAUGACUAGAGUCGAACAAAAAGAUUUAUUACCACAAGAAACACAAAUCGAUGAAUCAAAAUCGUCACCAGACCUACAUAUGAAUAUAUAUGAAGAUGAUAACGUAAUCGAAAGAGGUCAUGUUAUAAAUGAACCGUUAAUGACAACAAUCGACCUUGCUAAGGAAGGGUUAAUUAAAAAAGAAAACACGACUAUCGCCCCCACGUCAGUCUCAAAUACUAGACGGCCCGCUGAAAUUAUCGGAGCUGCAUUAAACACUUUGCCACCUCCUACAAAUAAUAAAAAAAAUAAAACGAAGCCAAAACCUCCAGCACCUGCGCCAAGCUGGACCAACUACGGUACGGUCAUAGAAUACGAAGAAAGUUUAAUAACAAAGGACACACUCAAUAAAGUACUAUAUUUUCUCGAUACCGGUGUAUUUCAAACACCUAGAAAAGGAGGCGCUGCACCUGCGGAAGCAACAAAAAAGUCAACAACCAAAGGUCCUAUUGUUCAUUCACCUUCCACAAAUGAAACGAGCGUUCAAGAGAAAAGAUUAAAAUCGACUUCUGACAGUGAUGAAUUAAGCUGGAAUAAUAUGGUAUCACAAAAUACAAAAAGAAGAAGGAAUAAUCCUCAUAGUAUUACACCACAAAGUGGUUAUUGUUGUUGGGCUCGAAAUAAAAUAGAUUAUUUGAGAACGGAAAAUAAAAACAUAAAUUCUAUAAAAGCUAAGCAAUAUAGACAUUUAUGUCCAAUGGGGGAAAGUGGGUGUAUUUGUUGUUGUCGACAAGAUCUGUUGGAGACGAUGGUAUCAAACAAACUAAAGCUCGAUCACACUUAUAGUCGCGAAGGAGACCUUACGCAGCCCAAGGAAACAAUCGAAACACGUGAUAUAGCAAUUCAAGCGAGAUUAAUACGGAACGAAUCUGGCCAAAUGGAAAUUAAGAGUACCAUAGAGUUAUAUCAUCCACAAAUUCAAAAUCUUUUUAAAAACUCUCAAGGAAAGGUAGCCCUCGAUGAAGUAACGAAGAACUCCAAUGAUUCCACAACAAUUCCUCUUGCAGCAUUCACUGCACUCCCUUCAUCUGAAUCUAAGCAAUCAGUAAACAAUGACACAAAAAAAUUUGUACACGCUUCUUCUAAUACACCAGAUUUUUUAUUCACAGAUGAUGAAACGGCUCAUGUUCAAACUCCGCCGAAACUAAAAACCAAAGUUAUUCCUGCAUUACGAAAUCGCGGUAAUAAGGCCGAGUUGUUUUCAGUCACGGCUGAAGCCGGCAGGCAGCCUAAACCACGUGGUAUUACUGUUAACAAAAACAUUGAUCAGAAAGCAGAAGACGAAGUUAUAUCUUUGAUUGAUGAAGAAGAAAGUGCUACUCCAAAUCAAACAUCGUCAUCUGCACCUAAACAACUUUUGCCAAAAGGAGUCAAUAUUUUGCUUUUGCCUGACAAAACGUUAAGUGUAUCUAUAGAACCCGGAGUACAAAUCGAUCCAGUUAGUUUAUCCAAAUUGCCAGAAAUUCUUUCCGCGGUACAAAGUAAACUUUUGCAACCAGGAGUGUUAAAUAAAUCUCGAAAAUUACCAAUCAGAAGAUGUAAAUAUCCAAGUGGGAACCUAACCUCCAGUAAAAACACCGUGGAUAACGAUCCAACAAUUGUAAAUGUGGAUCCUCUAAAUAAUAUAGUUAAUGAAAAUCCAAAAGUUAACGAUGUAAACCCUGGAUUAAAUGAUAUCCAUGAAACUGCAGAACUUAAUACCAUGAAUACGGACGUAAGUGUUACUGAAGAUAACGUUGAACUUGUAGUCAUGGAUCCUAGAGUACAGGUUAGUACAAAAAGUGAUGAACUUAAUAGUAGGAACUCUGAAGUAAACUAUUCAACAGAAAACGCCGAAGUCGCCGUUCCCCAACAAAAUGCUGAACUAAUUGCCAUCGAUCCAAUAUCGCCUGUAGAAAAAGGACAAACCGAACAUAAUAUGAACCCUGAACUCGACAUUUCCGAAGAAAAUGCUGAACUUAUUGCCCUUGACCCAGUACCCGUUACUGAAGAAAAUAAUGACCUCGUUGUAAACUCGGAAAAUGAUGUCGACAAAAAUGCUGUGCUUUCCAUCAUAAAUGUUAAUUCAACAAACUGCGAGAUUAAUGUUAUAAAUAAUGAACUAUUUACUACAGAAAACACUGUGAAUGAUAUGAAUAGUGUAGUACUUGCUCCACAAGCGAGCAUCAACGUCGUAAAUGGUCAACUUAAUGCCUCCGAAGAAAAUACAUAUCUUAGUAAUAGUAAUACCGACAGCAACAUCACUAUUGCAGAAACAACGCCCAUGCUCUAUGUUGAUAGCUUGCAGCCUACAGUUGGAACACCUGCAGAAAAUGUUACUAAAGAUGAUGAAGAUAAAUUAAUAUACACAGAUUACAUAGUUAAGGUUAAACCACCUGACACUAGCAGAAAAACUAUACUGUCCGAUUUGAUGACAAUGUCGGGGAUAUCGACUGAAGACGCCACUAUGCCUACCGAACCACCAGCCAGUAAUGUAAUCAACUACAACUUACAAGACGAUCCGUACUACCUUACAAACACAUACAAUGUAGGAGGAAACAUUCAAAUAGCACCACCUCCGAAAAAGGUUAAAAAAGUAAUGGUAUUUAUAAAAAAGAGAUCAAAAGCUAAAUCUCUUCUGAAUGAACCUGUGAUCGAUCUCACCGAAGAAAAUGAUAAUUCAGGCGAAACAAGCAAACAAAAUGAAUCUCAAACGGAUGAUAGUCCGAAAAAAGGAAGCGAUGGCAAUAAAAUAUUGAAUCUCAAGAGAGCGAAGUUGGUACGAGUGCCCGCUGCCGCCGUCCCGCAUAAGAUCUACCAAGCGGCGCAGUCCUUACUGCGGAAAGACAAUACAUUCCCGGUUCAAGAUGACACAACUGUCUCAUCCACAGAGAUUGAGACUCAAAUGAAAAUACAUCUCGCGAGACAUUACAGGAAAUUGAAUAAAAAACCAACAAUUUUAGACAUAUUGAAAAAUAUCAAAAAUUCAAAAGAAAUGCAAGCAACUAGACAAUCUCGAAACCAAUCGGAAUCUUCUGAUGACGAACCAUUGGCAAAGAAAUCUAGGCGAAUGAGGACAGAAAAUACCGAUGACCACGUUUCCCUGAAUGUAGUACCUGUAGGUCAAUAUAAUAUACCAGUUGAAUAUAACUCAAAUGAACCUGUCAUGUUCGUACCCGCCACAUCUGAUGUACAAGAUGUCGAUACCCAAAAUGCCGGUACCGAAUAUGUGGAUACCCAAAAUGCCGGUACCGAAGAUGUGGAUACCCAAAAUGCCGGUACCGAAAAUGUCGAUACACAAAAUGCCGAUGACCAAGAAGCUGAUAUCCUAGAUACCGACGACCGAGAGACCGAUACCGAUACGAACACCGAUACCGAUGAAGGCGCUAUUUUAGGUAUUUGAGAUUGAAUUCUUAUCAUCAUAACCAAUUCACUAAUUCAAUAUCAUCAAAGCCAAACCAUUUAUAUCAUAACCAAAUUUUAACUGCACAGGAGUGUAGCGAGCUUCAUAAAUGUUUGUUCACAAAGACCGGUGUAGCUUAUUUAUCGCAAUGUAGUUUAUUUACUUUGCACGUCGUAAAGAACAAGCAUAAACAGGACGUGGAAAGUAAAAUUAAUCCUCAUACUAAUGGUGUAAGGAUCAAUUUUAUUUGCGAUAAUGAUCUGCUCUUUGUGUAAACAGAUACUAAAUCUCCUUGUCGAACGCGAUCGCUUGAAAAUAUUUAACAUUAUUUAUUUUUCAGUCUAGUAAAACAGUCGUAACGAUAGUGCAAACUCACCAUGUAAAUACGAAAUGUUUUUUUUUUAUAUUCAAUGAAAGUAGAAUACAAGUGGAUGUCUUCAUUUGCAUUUCAUUUUUUAACUGAUGACGGGAAUUCCAAAAUGUGUAUAUUUUUUAUUGUAUUAUGGCCGUGAAUUUCUAUAUUUAUGUAUAUGUUUCAACAGUGCAAACUCAUUAUAUUGAUCUACUUAAAAGCUAUGUUUGUGUUACGUGUGAAGAUUGUGCCUAAAUAAGCUGAAAAAGUGGAUUAUUCUUAACCGUCACCACGCUCUGUCACCACGUAGAGACAGAUGAGAAUAAAAAGUUUCACCCGUCCCACCUCUUGCGACGAGGGAACGGUUGGAACUUAUUUUAUUUCAUAAUUCCAUCUGUUACCUUAUUGGUGAUAGUGGGACUAAAAGGUGGGACAGGUGAAACUUUUUCUCACAUGGGGACAGAUCAGGGAGACGGUUGGCAAUAAUCAGAAAAAGUAAACUAGAUACCUAGUAUUAGAAAAAAAUGUUGUAAUAUCUUUCUUUGUAUCUGGAAAAAGCUAUCAUGGUCACCUAGAAAAUAUUUUUUAAGAUAUAAAAAAAUCUGUGAUAUUAAAUCUUAGAUACAUGUAGAAAAUAAUUGUAGUAUUAAGUAAAAAAAUACCUCUGCUAUUUGCUUAAUUUUUUUUCAUCCAACUUUGAGUUUCCUUUUUCUUACAUUAAGUUAUGAGUAAAAGGAGUAUGUUAGAGAACAACUGUUUUUAUUUUCUAAGACAUUUAAAAUACUAUAAAAUAAAGCAGGUUG